CUUUCAACUUCCAGGUCGAGCUGGGAGCUCCCCGACCUGCGUGAUGGCAAAAUCCAGGCCAUCAGCGACUCGGACGGGGUGAACUACCCGUGGUACGGCAACACAACGGAGACCUGCACCGUGGUGGGCCCCACCAAGAAAGACAGCAAGUUCACCGUCAGUAUGAACGACAACUUCUACCCCAGCGUGACCUGGGGCGUGCCCGUCAGCGACAGCAACGUGCCUCAGCUCAGCGGCAUCCGCCGCGACCAGAGCUUUACCACGUGGCUGGUGGCCAUUAACCAGGCCACCUCCGAGACACUCGUGCUGCAGACGAUCCGCUGGAGGAUGCGGCUCCACAUCCGGGUGGACCCGGAGAGGCCUCUGGGCCACAGGGCUGCUCUGAGCGAGCCCGUCGCCCAGGAGCAGCCCCAGAUCCUGGGCAGGAACGAGCCCAUCUCCUCCAACGCCAUGGUCAAGCCCAACGCCAACGACGCCCAGGUGCUGAUGUGGCGGCCAAAGAGCGGCGACCCCAUGGUGGUGAUCCCGCCCAAAUACUGACCCCGCUUCACCGACCGGACUGGCCUUGGAUACCUUGAUCGUAUCGUCUCUUAUUUCUUCUCUUUUAUUUUGUUCCCGCUCGUCACCAGCUCUCAAACCUAAACACCCCCCCCUUUGGCCACUAUAUUCUUCUCUUUUGUACAAAAAAAAAAAAGACUGACGGAGGAAAAC